AAAGAACAAAAAGAGUUGACUCGUUCAUUUGUUUAUCACCCGCUGAAAUGGCCGUGACAAAAACUCUACGAUUUGUCCCUCUCGUAACAACCUUUAUCAUCAUCUUCAUUUCUACUGCCAUUACUCAUGGCCACGCGACCAGUAUUACUCCUAGGAAGGUUUACUUGGUGUUUCUGGAUUCAGAGAUUAUACCUAGUACCAAACCUGCACAUCUAAAUCUUCUCAAGACUGUGCUUCAAGACAUCACACCAGAGGAAUCUCUUGUCUACGACUAUCGCUCUAUAAGUGGGUUUGCAGCGAAACUCAGUGAAACUGAAGCAAAGCAUUUAGCAAGUGUCAAGGGUGUGGUAUCAGUGUUUCCGAAUCAAGUUGUCCACCUCGAUCGUCCUUAAUUAAGAGGAUUGUGUGGGCCCAAGUUUCGGUAGACAAAAACGCUUGGAUUUGGUUAAAGAGAGAAAUAUAUAGUUGGAAACCUUUGAAUCUAGACGAUCUAUUCACUAUUGACAUAAAUCGAGCUUAUUACUAAGCUUAAGUUAUUUCUUUCAAGAAUUAAUACCUACUAAGUCGUUGAAUGAUUGCUUACUCUCAAUAAAGUUAUCUGAGGUCCAUGUAAGCUUCAAAAUGAUAUC